UCCCGGCCUCAGGUCGCGACGGGUGUUCAGUUCACAGGCGAGAGCCGUGCCGCGCGGUUCGCUUGUGUCGUUCUGUUGUCGUUCUCGUUACAAAGUUCAAAGUUCUCGUUCACUUCGUCGUGUCCUCUUAUCGUGUACUACCACCACCUAUCUCUUUCUCUGCUUUUUUUUGUUGACUCAUUCAUUACAUUGCAUAAUAAAUAACGCAUGCUCAUUUCUCUCGAUUUAUCGAGAAAUUUUCCGAUAAGAUCGUUUUUUAGAGAAACGAGUCGCACCUUCCUUAAUUAUUUAUCUCACAUUAUCUCUCGUUAAAUAAUAAAUGUUUUUUUUUCGAGGAAUAAGUGUGUGUGUGUGAGAGAGAGAGAGAGUGAGAGAGAGAGAAAGAGAGCAAAAAAAAGAGUGAAAGAUAGAGAGAGAUACGAAGAAGUAACAAGGUGUUGAGAUUAAUUUCGUAUUGACCAGUUUCCGCGUGUGCGAUUUAUUAUUAAUCGAAGACUAUAGAGGUGUUACUUUAUUUUACCUCGCUUAAGACACAAAUAUACAGAGAAAAGAGUCGACGAAAUCGUGUUGAUUUUUGUCAAGUUAUUUAACGAAGAAUUUUAAUCUCGAAUUUAAAUAAAUCGGAAAGGAUUUUUUUUUAGAGGUGUGCGAGAGAAGAAGAGUUCGUAACGUUAAUCGAUAUAUAUCUGGUACUCGACGUAGGACACUUACUUUCUUUCGAACAAGGAUACUUAUUACUUUAUUAGUUUUUCUACUUUUGUGCGUGCAUUUUCUUUUUUGUUGUUGUUGUUGUUGUUAUCUUUUUUAUCCCUCACUUUCCAUUUCGCGUGUGACAGUGACGAUAACAACAGUGUGUGCUGCAGCGUGAGCUCUUGUCUCUAAAGAGUAAAAAAAGUAAAGAAAAAAAGGGUAAAGAAAACAAGAGGAAGAGGAAGAGGAAGAGGACGAGAGGGAAAGAGAGAGAGAGAUAGAGAUCACGAGACAGAUAGAAGAACGUGGUAGGAGAAACUUUUCAACGGUGGAAUUAUCUGACGAAGGAAGACCACAUUAGGAGAAAAAAGAAAAGAGGAAAAAGGGACGAAGGACGAAGGACGAAGGAGAGUGAGAGUCGAUUGUUAAAAACCGGCGGCAAAAACGCAAAAGCGCUCCUUCGUAGCAAGUGACGCAAACUGCCGUGAGGGUCCGUGCUAAAGCUCAUGCACUGAAGAGAGGCAGUUAAUUCCAACGUUUUUGCUAUUAAGAGAAGUAGAAGAGAAAAAAAAGAAGAAGGAAAAAUGAAAUAUUUGACGUUGUCGUUCGUUCUUUUCCUCUUGAACACCGUUUUUUGCGUCGAGUGGAAACACAGCGCGAUCUUGGACAAUAAUUUUCUCGUUCUGUGGACACCAGGCGACAAGGAAGUAACUUUCGAGAUUCAAGUGAAGACCCUUGGUUAUGUCGGGCUCGGUUUCAAGAAGGAGGAUGGUCGAGAGGGAGCUGACAUGGUUAUUGGUUGGGUGGACAACAACGGUCAGGUUCAUCUACAAGAUCGACAUAUGAAGGAUGUGAGCAAGGAUCCAGAGGUGGAUUCGAGCCAAGAUUAUCGUCUCCUAUUGGGUUACGAGAACAAGACGCACACUGUGCUACGUUUCAGCAGAAGAUACGACACAUGCGACUCUAGGGAUCUCAAGAUCACGAAUGACACGAUGCAAGUUGUCUGGCAGUAUCACGCUAAGGAACCUGCAUCAGUAGCCGGUGUUUUACCUGGUCAUGGUGCGGUCAAAGGAUCAAGGCCGUUGUAUUUAGUUCAAAGAGAUACACAACCAAAACGUUCGUCAUAUAAUCAGGAGAGUGAAGCUGUACUGAAAACUUGGGACAUAUUGAAUCACGAGGUUUUACUACCGAGGGACAACAAGGAUUCGUUGCUCUGGUGUCAAAUAAUAAAAAUGCCAUACAUAAAUCGCAAGCAUCACGUUGUCAAGUACGAACCCGUUAUCGAACCUGGGAAGAAUACGUAUUUGCAUCAUAUGACCCUCUACGAGUGUCCGAAUAAUAAUCCUCAACUUGAAGAAGCUUCGAAAACAACUGGCAGUGUUUGUUACAAGGACGACAAUGCAACGCAAUGUAAUACGAUUGCUGCUACUUGGAGCUUAGGAUCUGAGCAGGGCUUUAAUUUUCCACCCGAGGCUGGCUAUGCUUUGUAUCCUGACAAUCGUUCGCGUUACUUCAUGCUCGAGACUCAAUACAUCAAUCCUCAACAAUUAGUCAACGACAAUUUGGAAGUCAGUGACAGUUCCGGAUUGAGAUUGUAUUAUACCGAUCAACUUAGACCUCACGACGCUGGAAUUUUGAGCAUAGGAAUUGAUCCUAAUUGGAGACACAUUAUCCCACCUGGACAACCAGAAGUAGUCUCUGAAGGUCAUUGCAUAACUGAGUGCACCGAACAAACUAUACCUAAUAGUGGUAUAAAUAUGUUUGCCGUAAUCAUGCAUACCCAUCAAUUAGGAAGAAAGAUAAGAUUUAGGCAGAUUCGUGCUGGUGAAGAAUUACCACCGAUUGCAUCGGAUACCAAUUAUGAUCCUACUUAUCAAGAAUAUCGCAAACUUCAACGACCCGUCAAAGUUUAUCCGGGCGACCACUUAGUUGCGGAAUGCACCUACUCGUCCGAGUCUCGUUCAACUAUUACGCUUGGAGGUUUGAUGACGAGACAAGAAACCUGUCUGAUAUCCGCACUGUAUUAUCCCCGGAUCGAAUUAUCGAUCUGUUAUUCUUUGCCAUCUUUACCAACCGUCCUGCAAAGUCUUGGCGUUCAAAAAGUCAUUCAAGAUUUAUCGUUAGUGAAAAUCCAGGAACCCAAGAGUCUUGCUGGAAUGACCUUGGAAGAUCGUUUAAUAAGUUACGACUGGGAGACAAGUUUCCAGAGUUUCCAAGAAGCUACUAAAGUUGGUACGUUUAUGCCAUUAUGUUGGACCAGUAAGGGUGCCCUACCUGGCACAGAAUCGUUGGUGUCACAUUAUCCAAGGAUUCUGUACUCCUAUGAAGAGACCAAUUUAGCAUGUUCCGACAUGGGUUUUCCUAUGGAUGCUGAAAGCGAUGAAGCAAACGCGGUAGAACGUGGUCAGUUGGUAAGAAGCAAGGUAUCGAGAAGUAGCGAAGGACCAACUGCAGCAAGUUCACCAUCAAUUGCGGGUCCUUUUUCUUUGCCACUUAUCCUUGGCACAACCCUUUUAAUAGGGCUCGCUGCUGGACUUAGGUGAACUAUCCUGAUCGGUAUUCGCGCGAUCGUCCCAAAUUCGAAGAAGUACCUCCGAGGAUCCGCUGUUUGAAAUAUAAAUAUAAGCGAAAGAAAAAUUCUACUCAAACUGAGACGAAGAAGUAGAAAUGGAAAAAUGAAAAAAGA